CUCACUUUAUGUUAUCGAUAUCGAUAUCACAUGUGAAAUGAAGUAAACAAAACAUGACUACAGCAAAUAACCAACAAUUGCGAGAACAACUAAUAGCAGCAGUGGUUAAAAAACGAGCAGCACUCGCCAGAGCUCAUCAAGUAGUUGUAACCCUUCUUGAGAAACAAAUUGAUGAACAGGCUUUUCUUACUAUGCUAUCACAGAUUGGACCGGAUAACUAUGCGGAUGUUGUCGAAGAACGACAUAUCAAUAAACUUUGUGGAUAUCCACUAUGCGACCGUGCUGUCGAAAAAGUUCCUACUAAACAAUAUCAAAUCUGCGCUGUCCGUAAUAAGGUGUACGAUAUAACUGAACGUAAAAAGUUUUGCUCCGGCUACUGUUUUAAGGCGUCUGAAUACAUCAAAUCGCAGGUGCCAACUUCGCCGCUUUGGCUGCGCGACACGGAAACAAAACCAAAUUUCAAACUUUUGCCGCGAGAAAACUUGAUAAGCAAAUAAUAGAGACUGUGAUAAUAUUUCCAAUGCUAUGUGUAAUAGUAUUUAUUAAACAUCUAAGGAUCACUAGACGC